GAGCUAUUAAAAAUAUUUUUCGUAUAAUCAGUAGCCCGUUUUCUGUUCAUGCUUUGGAAUUAUAUGAUUCGAAGAUAAUAUAUCAGCAACAUGAGAGCUCAAAUUGAGGUGAUACCGUGUAAGAUUUGUGGGGACAAGUCCUCUGGAAUCCACUAUGGUGUGAUCACCUGUGAAGGCUGCAAGGGCUUCUUCCGACGCAGUCAGCAGAACAAUGCCAUGUACUCCUGCUCCCGGCAGAGGAACUGCUUGAUCGACCGCACCAACCGCAACCGCUGCCAGCACUGCCGGCUGCAGAAGUGUCUGGCACUGGGCAUGAGCCGUGACGCGGUGAAGUUCGGGCGCAUGUCAAAAAAGCAGCGGGACAGCCUCUACGCCGAGGUGCAGAAGCACCAGCAGUCGCAGGAGCUGGCCGGGGGCGGAGCCCGGGAGGAGGGGUGCGAGAACGGGAGCCUCAGCCGAGCCUACAGCAGGGGCUCCAGCGCCGCCCUCAGUGACUUGGAUGACAUCACCACGCUGCCGGACGGGCUGCUGUUCGACCUGCCGCUCACGCCCGAGGGUGCCAGCGACUACUGCAGCCUGGACCUGCUGGGGGGCAGCGGGGGCAGCAGCUCCUCCUCGCAGAGCUCGCCGGAGCAGAGCAGGCUGGACUUCAACGACGGCGGCCACAUCAAACACGAGUACCAGCUGCUGCACGAGCCCGGUCUCUUCACUCACUCGCUCCUCAACACGCUGCCAGAGGGCUGCUCCCUGCUGGAGAUAGAGCGCAUCACACAGAGCGUGGUUAAGUCGCAUCUGGAGACGAGUCAGUACAGCACUGAGGAGCUCAAGAGGCUCAUGUGGACCAUGUACACGCCUGAGGAGACCCGCACCUACCAGAGCAAGUCUGCAGAGGCGAUGUGGCAGCAGUGUGCCCUCCACAUCACCAAUGCCAUCCAAUACGUGGUGGAGUUCGCCAAGCGCAUCACUGGCUUCAUGGACCUGUGUCAGAAUGACCAGAUUAUCCUUCUGAAAGCAGGCUGUCUCGACGUCCUGCUAAUCCGCAUGUGUCGUGCCUACAACCCCGUCAACAACACUCUGCUGUUUGAUGGCAAAUUUGCCAGCGCCCAGCUUUUCAAAGCACUCGGUUGUGAUGACCUUGUGAGCGCAGUGUAUGAGCUGGCCAAGAGUCUGUGUCGCCUGCAGCUCUCUGAGGAGGAGAUGGCUCUGUUCAGUGCCGCUGUCCUGCUGUCCCCAGACCGGCCAUGGCUGACAGACACUCAGCAGGUCCAGAAGUUGCAAGAGAGAGUCUAUGUGGCAUUGCAGCACUGUCUCCAUAGGAGUGGCACUACUGAGGAGAAACUGGCCAAGAUGGUGUCCAAGUUGCCCAUGAUGAAGUCUAUUUGCAAACUCCACAUCGACAAGCUGGAGUUUUUCCGCCUGGUCCACCCGGAGACAGCCUACAGUUUCCCCCCACUUUACAGGGAAGUCUUCGGCAGUGAAAUCACCUUCCCAGACUCCACUGAGAGCUAAACACAGUCAGAGGAAUACAGAGAGGACAGA